GAGUCCGCCGGGAAAACGAAACAGAGAGAACCCGCCAGGCCCGGACUUCCAUGGGCAGUAGCAGCCCAGCCGCAGGGAACCGAGGGCGAAGAGAUUUCAGAGCCAGCACCUGAAACACAAUUCGAAUCCUGCUCCAAGGGCGCGAGCCACUGUCUGGAUCCAGAAACUUUGGCCACUGGGAGGAGAAAUGGCCAGUGAUACUCCAGGUUUCUACAUGGACAAACUUAAUAAAUACCGCCAGAUGCACGGAGUAGCCAUUACGUAUAAAGAACUUAGUACUUCGGGACCUCCACAUGACCGAAGGUUUACAUUUCAAGUUUUAAUAGACGAGAAGGAAUUUCCAGAAGCCGAAGGUAGAUCAAAGCAGGAGGCAAGAAACGCUGCAGCCAAAUUAGCUGUUGAUAUACUUGAUAACGAAAACAAGGUGGAUUGUCACACGAAUGCAUCUGAACAGGGCUUAUUCGUUGGUAACUACAUAGGCCUUGUCAAUAGUUUUGCCCAGAAGAAAAAGCUGUCUGUAAAUUAUGAACAGUGUGAGCCCAACUCUGAGUUGCCUCAAAGAUUUAUUUGUAAAUGCAAAAUUGGGCAGACGAUGUAUGGUACUGGUUCAGGUGUUACCAAACAGGAGGCAAAGCAGUUGGCUGCGAAAGAAGCCUAUCAGAAGCUGUUAAAGAGCCCNCCGAAAACUGCCGGAACAUCCUCUAGCGUUGUCACAUCUACAUUCAGUGGCUUUUCCAGCAGCUCGUCUAUGACAAGUAACGGUGUUUCCCAGUCAGCACCUGGAAAUUUUUCCUCAGAGAACGUGUUUACGAACGGUCUCGGAGAAAAUAAAAGGAAAUCAGGAAUACAAAAGCCCUGUGAUGAUGUAGCAGGCGACACGAUAUCAAUCUUAUCUAGGUUUAACAGCGAUUUUGAAGACAUAGAAGAAAUUGGCUUAGGUGGAUUUGGUCAAGUUUUCAAAGCGAAACACAGAAUUGAUGGAAAGACGUACGCUAUUAAGCGCGUUAAAUAUAACACGGAGAAGGCGGAGCACGAAGUACAAGCGCUGGCAGAACUCAAUCACGUCAACAUUGUCCAAUACCAUAGUUGUUGGGAGGGAGUUGACUAUGAUCCUGAGCACAGCAUGAGUGAUACAAGUCGAUACAAAACCCGGUGCCUCUUUAUUCAAAUGGAAUUCUGUGAUAAAGGAACUUUGGAGCAAUGGAUGAGAAACAGAAAUCAGAGUAAAGUGGACAAAGCUUUGAUUUUGGACUUAUAUGAACAAAUCGUGACAGGAGUGGAGUGUAUACACUCGAAAGGGUUAAUUCACAGAGAUCUUAAGCCUUUUCGAAUCACUCUGCCGCUGCCCUUUCCUGCUCAAGGCAGAAGAGCCUUGUCUAGGUGGAACUUGACUGGCUGUGUAUUCCACCCCUUAGCUGUUUACACAGCUUCAGCCUCCUGUUUCUCAGAGUUGGGUUGCAGCUGCUGUUCUGAGUUAUAUUUAAAGCACUAUGGAAAGGAAGUGGACAUCUUUGCUUUGGGCCUUAUUCUAGCUGAACUUCUUCACACGUGCUUCACGGAGUCAGAGAAAAUAAAGUUUUUCAAAAGCCUAAGAAACGGCAUCUUCUCCAAUGAUAUAUUCGACAACAAAGAAAUAAGCCUUCUAAAAAAAUUACUCUCAGAGAAACCCGAGGACCGACCUAAGACAUCUGAAAUCCUGAAGACCUUGGCUGAAUGGAGGGACAUCUCAGAGAAAAAGAAAAGAAACACAUGUUAGGGCCUUUCUGAGAAAACAUUCCUCUGCCGUGGUUUUCCUUUAACGAUCUGCAGUCUGAGGGGAGUAUCAGUGAAUAUUGUCCUUCUUUUCUUAAUACCACUCUCCCAGACAGGUUUUGGUUAGGGUGACCCACAGACAUUGUAUUUCUUAGCCUAUGAAAAAGUANGCCCAUUUCCUCAAUUGUUAAUUGCUGGGCCUGUGGCUGGUUAGCUAGCCAAAUAUGUAAAUGCUUGUUUCUCNUCUGCCCAAAGAGAAAGGCAGGCUCCUGUGUGGAAGGUCACAGAGCCCCCAAAGCCAANUGGAUGAGGAAGGACUCUGGCNUUUGGCAUAAAAAAAGAGCUAGUAGUCAGAGCUGGGGCAGAAGGUCCUGCACACAGACAGACAGACAGACAGACAGAGACACAAAGACAUGGACUAGAAUGGACGAGGGAGGA